ACUGAAGUCAGGCACCUCUUUUUUUAUUCUUCUCAGUCUUGUGUGUCCCCCCCCCUUCCCUCUCUCUCUCUCUCACACACACACACACUCACACACACACACUCUCUCACACCCCCCUUUUUGCACCUACAUUAACGACCAAAAGAAAAGGAAAGGAGUUUGCUUGAUGUUUUAGUGAAAUGGACGUAAGAUUUUAUUCACCACCUCCUCAGCCUGCAGCCGCUCCUGAUACGCCUUGUUUGGGACCUUCCCCCUGCCUGGACCCCUACUAUUGCAACAAGUUUGACGGUGAGAACAUGUAUAUGAGUAUGACAGAACCAAGCCAGGACUACGUGCCAGCCAGCCAGUCUUUUCCUGGCCCAAGUCUCGAAAGUGAAGAUUUUAACAUACCUCCUAUAACUCCUCCAUCAUUGCCUGACCACUCCCUGGUGCACUUGAAUGAGAUAGAGUCUGGGUACCACUCUCUGUGUCAUCCCAUGAACCACAAUGGCCUCCUUCCCUUCCACCCUCAAAACAUGGAUCUACCUGAAAUUACAGUUUCCAACAUGCUUGGCCAAGACGGGACACUGCUUUCCAAUUCCCUCUCUGUGAUGCAAGAUUUACGGAAUACAGAAGGAGCCCAGUAUAGUUCCCAUCCUCAGAUGGCAACCAUGAGGCCAAGGGUUCAACCUGCAGAUAUUAGGCAGCCAGGAAUGAUGCAGCACGGGCAUCUGACUACUAUUAACCAGUCCCAGCUCAGUGCACAGCUUGGUUUGAAUAUGGGUGGAAACAGUGUUCCUCAGAACUCGCCCUCUCCACCUGGAAGCAAAUCUGCAACUCCUUCACCAUCCAGUUCAGUCCAUGAAGAUGAAGGAGAAGAUAGCUCUAAGGUCAAUGGUGGCGAGAAGAGACCUGCUUCAGAUAUAGGAAAGAAACCCAAAACUCCCAAAAAGAAGAAGAAGAAGGACCCAAAUGAGCCACAGAAGCCUGUGUCUGCCUAUGCAUUAUUCUUUCGAGACACUCAAGCAGCCAUCAAGGGCCAAAACCCCAAUGCUACUUUUGGUGAAGUCUCUAAAAUUGUAGCUUCAAUGUGGGACGGCUUAGGAGAAGAACAAAAACAGGUAUACAAAAAGAAAACUGAAGCUGCCAAGAAGGAGUAUCUGAAGCAGUUAGCUGCCUACAGAGCAAGCCUUGUAUCCAAGAGCUACAGCGAACCUGUGGAUGUUAAAGCCUCCCCACAACCUCAGAUGAUGAAUUCAAAGCAGUCAGUGUUUCAUGGGCCUGCCCAGGCUCACUCUGCACUGUACCUCAGUUCCCACUACCACCAACAAGCAGGAAUGAAUCCCCACAUCACCGCCAUGCAUGCCAAUAUCCCCAGGAACAUAGCGCCCAAGCCCAACAACCAAAUGCCAGUGACUGUUUCCAUAGCAAACAUGGCUGUGUCCCCUCCUCCUCCGCUCCAGAUCAGCCCCCCUCUGCACCAGCAUCUCAACAUCCAGCAGCACCAGCCGAUCCCAAUGCAGCAGUCCAUUGGAAACCAGCUACCAAUGCAGGUCCAGUCUGCUUUACACUCACCUACAAUGCAGCAAGGAUUUACUCUUCAGCCUGAUUAUCAGAAUAUCAUCAAUCCAACAUCAACAGCUGCACAAGUUGUUACCCAAGCAAUGGAGUAUGUUCGUUCAGGGUGCAGAAAUCCUCCAGCACAGACUGUGGACUGGAAUAAUGACUACUGCAGUAAUGGGGGCAUGCAGAGGGACAAAGCACUCUACCUUACCUGAAAAUCUGAAACACCUCUCCUUUCCUUUCACUGAGGAAUGCAGGGAAGUCUUUUCAUCAUGGAUUGCUUUAUGCAGUCAGGGCAGUUCUGCAUUUUAUUAGAAAAUACAAGUUGCUAAGCACUUAGGACUAUUUGAGCUUGUGGGUCACCCACUCUGGAAAAAAAUAGUCUCGCUUCUUUCCUUUUCUUUGUUUUUUUCCCCAUUUUUUCUCUUUCUUUCUCCUUUCCACCCCUUCCCUGAGAUCCCAUAACGGACAUUGCUUUUCUUCUUCCCUGAAGGAAACUUGGACCAUUCAGAUUUUAUGUUGGUUUUUGCUGUGAAGUGCUGCGGUAGUAACUGCCUUAGCAACUGUAGAUGUCUCGGAUAAAAGUCCUGGAUUUUCCAUUGGUUUUUCAUAAUGGGUGUUUAUAUGAAACUACUAAAGACUUUUUAAAUGGCUUGAUGUAGCAGUCAUAGCAAGUUUGUAAAUAGCAUCUAUGUUACACUCUCCUAGAGUAUAAAAUGUGAAUGUUUUUGUAGCUAAUUGUAAUUGAAACUGGCUCAUUCCAGUUUAUUGAUUUCACAAUAAGGGUAAAAUUGGCAAACAUUCAUAUUUUUACUUCAUUUUUAAACAACUGACUGAUAGUCUAUAUUUUCAAAGUAUUUGGAGAAAAAAAGUAAAGUAGUCCCAAAUUAUAUUAAUUAAAAAUAUUGGCUUUGUCUCAUGAAAUAAAUACAAAAAACUUAGGAGAAAAAACUAAUGUUGAUAAAGAGCAAACACAUUUAUUUUGUACUGCCUAAAAAAUUGCUUUUUUUUUAAAAGAAAAUCACUUUAUGUGUAUUGGUUAGUAAACGUCAUUUAAGUCCUUUUAUGUAUAAAACUGCCAAAUGCUUACCUGAUAUUUUAUUAGAUGCAGAAACAGAUUGGAGACAGCUAAAUUAUAACCUCUACAUAUGGCUAUGUAUUAUUGUUUCUUCAUACUGUGUCUGUAUUUAAUCUUUUUUAUGGAACCUGUUGCGCCUAUUUAUGAAAUAAUAAAUAUAGGUGUUUGUAAGUAAAUUUGUUAGCAUUUUAAAGAGGUUUCUUUGACGCUUUAACUUUUGCUGGCACAAAUUGUUCACAACUGAUGAUGUGAAUACUUUAUUUAGUUUUUACAGUGACAAAUAUAACAACAAACCUGCUUUAAUGGCAGAAAAUGAAGGUAACCAAGAACUAUUUCUCUAUUUCUUUGGUUGUUAUGGAAAAUAAAAAAGAAAAGGUAUUUUAAGUAAUUCCCUUUUUAAAGCAUUGUAGGAGGAAGUUGCCCAAAACUAAGACUUGAACCAACAAAACUAACUGAAUAAAGCUACAUAACACUGCUUCUUGAAACUUCAUCAUGUUUUGUUGAUUUGUCAAGUGAAAUAAACAUAUUACCAAAAAUAUUACCAAA